UUGGGCCGCGAACAGUUUACGAGCACCUUAUUAUUAGAUCCGACCUAUCUGUAUAUAAGAUAGGGCCUUCCGUGCUGUGAGAUAGUUGUGAAAGCCUCCCCCGGCGCGUCUCGGCCCAGUGACAAGAGCAAACUACCGUAGCAACAUGAAGGUUUUGAUCCUCCUCGCGCUGGCCGCGCUGAGCGCCGCCGCCCCCGCGCCGGGCCGCCCCAAGCGCAGCUACGCGCAGUACGGCAACGCGCCGCUGUACCAGUACUCGUCGCAGUCCAACAGCCAGCAGUCCUCAUACCAGUCCAACAGCCAGCAGUCCACGUCCGUGGUGCAGCCCUACCAGCAGUACCAAACAGCAGCGCAGCCCGUGUACACCCAACAACCGUACGGGGAGCUGCAGCAAGCGUACAGCUCGGCCUACGCCUACCCCGGCAGACAGCAGGCCGCGUACGCUCCCCAAGUGCAGACCUACUCCCCGGUCCAGACUUAUACCCCGGUGCAAGCCUACGCGUCCGCGCAGACGUACACCCCAGUGGAGUCCUACACCCCUGUGCAAACGUACACCCCCGUUGAGACAUACACCCCCGUGCAAACGUACACCCCCGUGCAAUCCUACACUCCCGUGCAAUCAUACACUCCCGUGCAAUCCUACACUCCCGUGCAAUCCUACACUCCCGUAAGGGCGUACGAACAAACCUACACCCCCGUGCAAAGCUACAACGCCGCGCCAGUGAGCUGGCAAGGCCAGGCCUACGGCAACAACCCGUGGUGCUAAGUGUUGCCCACAAAACCUCCAUAUGAUGUAAGCCAAAUCCCAAAUCCCACCUUUUUAUUUUUACAGGUUUACGUAUAAACUCAUCUCACGAUGGAAUUGAAACAAAAAACUUCAAUAAAGAAUUAUUCGACCAGCGAUGUACAAAUAUAGUCAACAUGUAGCAAGAUUUUAUAUAAAUUAAAUAUACAUAAAGUUAAUUACAUAAAGUUAAUUAAGUAUUGUAAAUGAUUAAAUAAAUUAAAAGUAUAAAUUA